AUGUCUUGCUCGCCGCAUUUCAAGGCGUCGAGGUACGAUGUGAUGCCGCCGCAGACCUGUAAGCCCAGCGAAACCAUGCCCGCCGUCAAGCCGGCGACGGAGAGCGGAUCUGCCAUUACCGGUACAAGAGGACGCAACCGGAGAGAAUCCAUCCGCUGGUUGCCAGACGAGGCCAGCGAGCCCACAUCAACCAUCGUCUUGACAACACCCAGCCGUCGGUUUGUCGAUCUUCGUAUUCUGAAAUCUGACUCCUCGGCCAGUGCCAGUGCCGUCCUGCCAGACCACGUCACACUCCCGCUAUCCCGUUUGGAUUGGGCCAUCGCUGGCACCUCGUCAUCAUCCGUAAUCCCGUCGAAUGGAGAACCAGGGAAAGAGAUUAGGCACGGCCAAUGGGCUCACUGGAUCGACUCACGGGCGGCAGAUUGCGACGGCGUUGUGGAUGAGGGCGACAUGUUUGACGACCCCUCCGAUGCCAGCCUGACCCUGGAAACGGGCCGGAUGCUGAACCCGGCCACCGGCGUGGAGACGGAUUAUGAGGAGGUAUGGCGGUCCGACCCAAUCGAGACGGUGCCUGCACCUGGCGGUGGGGACGGGCAGGUUACUUGCCUCGCAUUGCAGAUGGAAAGCGUGACGGGGAGCGGCAGUGAGGGACCAGGAAAAAGAGUCAAACGGGGGCUUGUAGUCCGAUUGGGGCAAUACUGUCAGGCAUUUGCCCGGGACGGUGACAACAUCACCGUGGAAAGGCUGAAGUGGGAUACCGCGCAGCAGUGGUGGGUGACACAGGUCCGGAUUGGGGACCAAGAGCUGCCGAUCGAGAUUGCGACGCAUCUCGCCCAUGAGACUACACUUGAUGACGAAGUGAGAGUGGGCGGUGCCAUUUGGAAAGUGGUCGAGAGGGCCUAG